AAGCACAAUUGUAUUAAGUUGAAAGAUUUGAUUAAUAUUUCUUUCAUUUUGUUCCAGAUAGUGCCAAAAAUAAAAAAACGAAAUGGAGACAAGAAUGGUGCUGGAGUUUUAGGUAUCCAUUUGGAAGGGCCAUUUAUUAGUCGAGACAAAAAGGGUGCACAUUCAGUUCAGCACAUCAAAUAUAUAGAAUCGGGUUUUCAAGAUAUUUUAGAAGUUUAUGGGAGUUUAGACAAUGUUGCCAUAGUUACUAUAGCACCAGAAGUGGAUAAAACAGGUGAUAUUGUUAUAAAGUUGGUGAAACAGGGCAUCACUGUAUCUCUUGGUCAUUCUUCAGGGAACCUUGCUGAUGGAGAAAGAGCCAUGCAUGCUGGAGCUAAUUUCAUCACGCAUCUGUUUAAUGCAAUGUUACCAUUUCAUCAUCGGGACCCAGGACUGGUUGGUUUACUUACAACAGAUACUUUGCCACCGGGAAGAACUGUAUACUUUGGAAUUAUAUCUGAUGGUAUUCACACUCAUCCUUCUGCACUACGUAUAGCCUACCGGUCUGAUCCUGAAG